AUAUAUUGGAGAGUUCAAGACGAGUAUUCUGGCACGUACUAUUCUCCAGGUUACGGCUUCUUUGCCCGAGAUACCUCGUCCGAAAUAGACUUUACGAGGAACCAUAUGGUGCAUGACGCUCUGGCGAAGCACCUUGACUGGGGAAAUCGAUGCCCUACACCAUUUAUCUCUGUUUAUUGCGAUGAGGAAACUGCUUUUGAGGAAGCUGAUCGCCGAGUCCUCCGAAGGAACGGGAAUGUUACCGUUUCGAAAAUCCACACGCGAAGGAGCCAGUGUCCCCUGGAGUACCGAAAUGUUCAAAUAUUAGCAAUAAAGCACGAUGUAUGGAUUCCGGAGAGGGCAUUCCAUAACUCAAAAUUCGAAUACGUCUUCCUCCAUCAUAUACCAGCAGAAUGCAUU